AUGAAGUUUUCCUUCGGUCGGAGCGCCGUGGGGGGUGGGGAAUGGUUGCGGAACAAGAUUAAUAGCGGCAUCACUUCCGCCGCAGGAAGAUCCAAUUCGUCCGGAAGUAAUAGCAGUACCGACUCCGGAAUUAGUAGCGCGUCGUCGUCGACAAAGACGACAGAAAGUGAAGCGGUUGUCGUCGCCACGCCACCCGCGCCACCACCACCCGCGCCCGCCCCGAAAUCCUAUGCGUCGCACCGAUUCGGCGGAAUCAAUCCGCCCUUUAGGUCGAUCCUGUUUGGAAAUGGGUUGAUUUCUUCGUCCUCCAUAAAACCUCCCCCUAUUCCGACCACGAGCCCGCAACUGUUGCCCCCCUCACCGCAAGAUAACCAUAAAGAAGACAACAUUUACGACACGAUUGACGAAGGGAUUUGUCCCGGCAUGGAGGGGAAAGUGGAACUCGCCUCGUCCGAAGAUUCGGAGGGGUCGAGCCCCUCAAAAUCGGAGGAAAACAAGAAAACCCUCGCCGCGAUGAGUACGAAUUUGCUGGAAGAAAAGUUGGAAACGUUGUCCACGACGAGUUCGACGAGUGAGAAUGGGGGUGGGUUGCUGGGUGAAAUCAUAUCUGAAAUUAAGACCCGGAAUAGGGAAUCGAUCUAUAAUUCGGUGGAUAGGAAAAGGUCGAAAGCGAGGAAGAAGGCGGCCGCGGCCGCGGCGAAUGCGGCGUUGCAGAUGCAGCAGGAGGAGAUGGAGGAGAAGAAGAGGGCGGAAGGGGGAAGGGGGGCGACGACGACGAAUAGAAGGGAAAAUACAGCGGAAACGGGAAAUUCAGUCGGUUUGGCGACAGGAAGGGCGACGACGACGAGCAGCAGGGAACAUUCGCCCUCGCCCGCGUCGUCCCUGGCGCCGCGAAGUGGUGCCAGUUUGUCGACGAGUUCUGUGACGACGCCAACGUACAAAAUGCUGUAUUCGUCCGGGGUGAGGAGCAGUUCCCCCUCAACGAUCUUGUCGACCCCUACGAGCAAGCUAUUCGCACGGGAAACCACGCCACCAUUACAAACCCCACAACCUACAGGCUCUAGUCCCCCUCCAGUAAAACCACCCCCACCGAAAGGGUAUAAUCGCCCCAGUCCGACAAAUUUCUCUCUGUCAUCGGCACUAUUUAGUCCCCCGUAUCAGAAACCGACACCCCCACCACAGCCACAAACCACGGCUAGUCCCCCCAUUCCGCAGCACAGCCCCGCCGCAAUUAUGUCAAAUUCAACGUCCACCCCGCCACGCCGACCGCCCUCGUCGUCAACGCCACCUCAACAUCAAACUCCUCCCCCCACCAACAACGCCUCCUCCUCUUCGCUUAAACCAAUGUGUGCCGUAAACGGGAUACCAAAAACCACGCCACCACCAAAACUCGUCACCCCACCGGCCAAAACGUCCCCCGGCUUCUACACUAAACCAUCCCCACCUACCCCCCUAACUCAAAAUCAACCCCCCCAAACCCACUCGCCAUCCAGCUACGUCGCGAAAAUCAACUACUUCAACACCUCCGCGGCCACUCCUCCCAACAACAUGCGCCCCAUCGCCUCUCUCCCCGCGCCAAGUUCGACCAACCCAAAAGAAAUUAUUUAUGCCCCCUCAAACGCGAUGAAUGGUUCCGCCUGCGACGGGGACACUCCUGGAAAAAGCCAUCUCUCCACAAUUCGCCGGUCCCGACCUUCAUAUUUGCAACGUUUGGAGGCGGAAGAGGUGGAAAAAAAUGAGCAACAAGAACAGCGGAGGAGGAGUACGAGUACGAGCAGUAGUCAUAGCGGGGGUGGUGGCGAUAUCCCCCCCGCCGUCCCGCCCCACCGGAACGAACCCGUUUUUCUCAAGAAACCGGGAGGUGGCGGGAUCUACGCGAGUCUCGGGAGAAAAGUGGCCACGCCGGUGAUCAGGUCGAAUUCUCUGGAGAAAGAUAAGCCUGGAGAGGAAUUUAGAAAUGUCAUGAUAACCAACACGCUUCCGAGCGCGAGGGUUAAAGUGGUGGACGAUAAUGAUCACAGGGAAAGGAAGAAUAAUGGCGUUAUGGCGGGGGCGGCGUCGCCGGAUUUUGUGACGACUGGGGGAGGGUAUAAGUCGUUUAAUCCCUAUUUGAACAGGCCAGUCGCGACUUUUUCAACUUUUAGACCCAGUACGACGAAUGGAAAUAAUGCGAAUGCUGCGGCGAUGAAUGGGAAUUAA